AUGGCACAAAUUCUCCAGUCACUCAGAAGCUUCUUCCUGGGCUGUAUUUUCGGUGAGGCAGCCGCGACUGACAACCUACGAACGAAAGAUGCAGCCGCGAUUGACAACCUACGAACGAAAGAUGCAGCCCCCCCCUACGCCCCCGCCGUCACUCACAACAUCGACCACAGCUUCCUCCAUCGCCUGCCCUUAGAUAUUCUCUACUACCUCGCAACUCACCACAUUCCCGAUCCGAUCGACCUCCUCGCCCUCCGCACCUCUACACGCGCCCUGUUUUUUUCUCCCAUCAUCCGCUCACCGUUUAUCAAAUAUGACGCCAAUGUUGCUUACGAAUAUCUCCAGCGGUUGCGGCGGGACGACUUCAUGCGCGCCUGCGAAGCAGAACGUCAGGAACAUGGACCUGAGCAACAGGAACUGGUGUCCUGUUCUACCACCACCCGCACAUCUCUCCUACACCCCUGCAGCAGCUGUCAGAGCAUGCACCCGCGCGCGCGCUUCUCUGCCGCCCAGCUAGCCGUCGGCACAAGGCACUCCUCGCGCCGCUGCAAUGCCACGAUUGGCGCCAUUCGUAUCUGCCCGCACGCCACCUAUACCCUUGCGGAUCUGCGCCGUAUCGACCAGGACCGGGUGGCGGCGGCACGCGGUAGCCGGCACAAUGAUACGUUCUGGUGGACGUGCGGCGAGUGUAAAUACAACACAAAUACGACACUAAUGGGCUUGAUGGACUUCCCGUACCGUACCGGGAUGCACACGUGGUUUAGCGCGACGAGAGAGGUGGAUUUGGCGGGUAGGGUUGGUGAUGGCAACUGCUCGCCGGUCGUGGACGCUGAGACGUGCUUCACGCCUGAGCUCGUCAUGGCCGUUUUGAAGGCAGCGGCGGACCGCUACAGCCUCUUCCUGUGCAACCACGUGCGUCUGGGCGAUCCUGAGACGUACGAGUCGGAAUGGGGACGGCUUGGUAGGUAUGGUGGCCAAGUAUCGAAAAUCUCGAGCCACAGAUGUCCGAGGAGCACGUGCCAGGUGGAGGCGUAUUUGUAUUGGACGUCAGGGUAUGGGAGUGAUCCCCGGGCCCACGCCUUUCCAAUUGUGCACUUGACGAUCAAGCGGUUCAUCAAGGGACCGUUAGCGAAGAGCGACGAGACAUGGCUGGCUCAGAUUGAAGAGGUGAAGGAAAGGUAG